GGAAUUGGAGUAAAUAUUUUCCUUUUUAUUUUGCAAGUGGGCAGACUUUUUACUCAAAGGAAAUCAAAAAUGUUUUGUAAAAGUCAUACCUACUCGUAUUUAAUUGUAUAAAAAAUACCUUAUUGGCGAAUAUGUAUAUGAUGUCAUGAUGAUGGCAAAGCAAUUAAUUACCCAUAUGUUUUCUUUCUGGUAAAUGCGGCAAUGCUCCCGUCCUCUUCAUGCUGAAACUACAGGGUUAUACCGCGAUGCACUGGGCCUGCAAACGAGGCCACGAAGACCUGGUAAAGCUGCUUGCGGGUGCUGUAAGGAACAUCGUCAAUGCGAGAUCGAACGGGGGAUACACGCCUCUGCAUCUAGCGAUGCAGUACCGACACGAGAAUAUUUACAAGUUAUUAGUCGAUGUAUAUGAUGCGGAUCCGAACAUGCUAGACUGGUCGGGGAAGAAAGCGAAACAGUAUUUAAAACCGAUGGACACCUCUUUAUCGCCUGGUUCCUAUAGAAAGCAUGACGCUUACAAUUUGCGUAAGACAUACACGUCCCCACCCACCAUACGGGUUUCUGCCAGCUCACAUUCCAUGAGCUCGCUGUCAAAAAAGGAAGGCUUCCUCCGCAUAGGCUCGCUCAACGUCCGAGUGAAGAAGACCACAGAAGCGUUCAGCAACUUCCUGGGCGUGGGGGCCACCAGGGCCUCGGCCUACGUGCCAAAAGGCCGCGCCGACGACCGCCGCGUGUCUGAAGACCUCGACCACUUGCACAAGAGUUGGGGGUCUGCUGAUAGUAUAGCUAAGGAUGACAAGCUGAUGUUGCCGCCGCUUAGUACCAAAGUGCGGCGUCGCGGCGCUAGUGGGCGCAAGGGCCUGGCCGCGGCGCAUAGCCGAAGCACGCCCUCCACUCCCGAUCAACCCCGUGCUCAAAUGGGUGCUGGCGAGACCGGGGACUCUGACUCCGACUCGGCCGCCGGCUUCCAUUCUGCCUGGCGCCAGCAACGGGCCUCUGACUGCCUGUAGACAAAUUAAUGAUUCUACCCCUUAUUCAUACAUGUACUUAUCCGAUUCUAAUGCUAUGUACUAGGAUAAUAAUUUUUAGAAUUGAGAAGAGGAUUUUGAGAUGAAAAACGGACGCUGACGUGUGUUUAACUUACGGCCCGUUCGCACAUGGGGAUUUGUUUUACUGGUACGUUUUUGACAGAUACUUACUUAUAAGAGCAUG